AUGGACUGUGCGAGAUGUGUAAAACUAUUCUGUUAUGCCAUCAUCAUACCAUUUUUGUCAUUGAAACACGAUUUCGUUAAAUGCAGUGCUUCUGAGCAAUGCUUAGAGAAUGUCUUGAGCAUAGAAAAUGAAACGGUAGGAAGUUCUAACUACGAAAGCGUGAAACAACUAGAGGAAUAUUCUAUUCGGAGAUGUCCAUUCAAUCGCUUUACAGAAAAGCCCAGUGAAAGAGGUGACGAUGUUAUUAUUACAGACAAUCGACGUAUGCGGGAUGUCUGGUGGAUUGCGUCACUGCCUUCGUUGGGGCCAAAUGUCACUUUACUAAACGAAAUUGCAAAGGACGAACACACUCAGUGUGACGUAAAAGGAGAUCGCAAUCAAGAACACUCCAAAUGUAUACGCAGCCAUUAUCGAAUAGACCUUUCAACGUACCACUCGCUGGGACAUGAAGACUACGGCAAUAAUCGUGUUUGGAAUGGCAUAUUCCGUAGGGCAGCCAAAACCAUGUUUCCGUCAUAUAUACGAAUAUCAGGAAGAUCAGCUCACAGUACACAAUAUGAACACAUGGCAGCAAAACUCUACGGUUACAAGGAUUUUGAACUUGCUUCCAUUUUCCUCUUCUUGUCUGAAGGAUUCAGAAAAGCGAUAAAAGGAAAGGCCAAAAUAAAAUUCAUGGAACGCAUUGUGGAGUGUGAGAUCAGAUAUCGAAAUGCAGAUUUGGUAAAGAAAAAACUGACGACUUACAAUUCGAAACAUUUCGGCAGGACAAAUAAGGACGUUCCUUUACUACCAUUUUUCAUUAUACCGAAAGGCACAUUUGACGAUUUGCUAAAAGACACCCCGCCAGCCGAUCACAAUAUCAUGGAUAUCGUGUACGGCCACAAGGAGCUCAUCAAAAAUACCGCCAAAAUAGAAUUCAACGCUUUGGCAAAUAACCUGGCGAAUUUCAUGAUUAAUAACGCGCACAUAUCGGUGGACCAAAUCGAAACAUUCUACAUUGCGGAAUUGUGCAGUUGCAACACAGCGUAUAUGCUGAACGACCUGGUAAAAUCGAACGUUCGAGACAAGACAUUGAGAUACAUGGCCAUCAUCACAUUGCUGAAUCCAAAUAGCAUGAACAUCGCAACGACAAUUUUAAAGAUAGUGGUUAUUGCUGUGGCGGCAUCCAUAUCGGCGUUCUGUACUGCGAUCCACUAUCUUAUCCAGCACACACCAUCACAAUAG